CCAACGUAACAUUACGCGAGAACUCCGAGCGUCCACAGACGUGUUUUGUGGGUCAUGGAGAAGGAAGGUAAAUAAAAGAGCAACGCAAACGACGUUGGUGGCUGUUUUCACACGGUUCCCGGGAGGUUUGACGCGCUGGUUGCGGAAACUUGUGUCCUGAAAAGGGAGUAAAAACAGACGGAGAGGAGGGACGGACGGUUCGGCUCCAGCAGCAGCUGUCGGCGUUCUCAGGUGAUCUGAUUGGGUUUGCCUCAUCCUUGUGUUGCCAUGGCGAUGCGGGAGUUGGUGGAGGCAGAAUGUGGGGGAGCCAAUCCCCUCAUGAAGCUGACCAGUCAUAUGAGCAAGGAAGGGGGGGCAUGGCGGCACCGCUCGACACCGACAAUUCCCCCCACUCCUAUUGAAAUUGCAACAGAAGAAGAGCUGGUGAAUGAGUUCCUUCAGGCCCCCCCACGACCCCCCCACACAUUUGACAUGGGUCAACUGCUGGAGGAGAUGCAGCAAAUUGACCAGCAAAGCUACAGACAAGCUCCACAGAGAGCUCCAGAUGUGGCAGCACUGGCUCUCUCUGGAGACUGGACGGCCGAGUUCCUCUCGGGUUCCGAAUCUGCUUCUGCACCAGGCCUCAUCGCUCUCGGUGAUACAGCAGAUGCUGAUUGGACGAGAGAGUUUAUUGCUGAGGCUGCAGAUCCUGGGCGCUGGGCAGAGGAAUAUCUGGAGCAGUCGGAGGAGAAGUUGUGGCUUGGAGACCUGGGAGAAAAGGAAAAUGAAUGGACAAAGGAGUAUCAGGCAGGAGAGGAGCUCAGACAGACAGCCAAUGAGCUUGUCUCAAAGGUUGAUGACCCCAAGUUACAAAACACAGAGUUCCUGCGUUUCGUUAGGCAGAUUGGAGAGGGCAGUGUCACAGUGGAGAACAGAGCAGACAGACAGCUCACAGAUAAAGCUCAGGCCGUGGAGGCUCAGAACUGGGCCUCCAACCUCAACCAGGUGUCAGAAGAGUCAGCUGAAGCCUGGGUAGAUGAGUUCACCACAACCGGACCAGUUUUCCAACAAGCCAAAGCUGCUGUGGAGGUGAGAGAAGCUCACAAGAGUGAUGUGGAUUUCUGGGAGAAGCUGCAGGAGGAGUGGGAGGAGAUGGCAAAGAGGGACGCAGAGAGCCACCCCUGGCUGUCUGACUUUGAUCAGCUACUCAGUUCAUCAUACGACAAGGGGUAUCAGUUUGAAGACGACAACCCUUAUUUAUCCCAUCCUGACCCUUUGUCAGAGGGAGUGAAGAGGAUGGAGGCAGGAGACAUUCCUGGUGCCGUACGCUUCUUUGAAAGCGCUGUACAGCGAGAGCCAGACAACCCGCUGGCUUGGCAGUAUCUGGGAACCUGUCAGGCAGAAAACGAGCAAGAAUUUGCUGCAAUCAGCGCCCUCCGCAGAUGUAUAGACCUGAAGAAUGACAACCUGACUGCUCUGAUGGCGUUGGCUGUCAGUUUUACUAAUGAGUCGCUGCACAGGCAGGCCUGUGAGACCCUCCGUGAUUGGCUAAAACACAAUCCAAAAUACCGCUCUGUUUGGGAGCACAGUGAACUCGAACAACAAACGGAUGGUUCCAGGGACCGGGAGAAGGAGAAAGAGAGGGAGAGGUUCGGGUCACUGCUGCCAGAAUCUUUGUUUACAGAUGUCCAGUCGUUGUUCCUACGUGCAGCUAACUCUGACCCAGCCCAGGUGGAUCCCCAGCUGCAGUGUGGUCUGGGGGUUCUCUUCAACCUCAGCGGAGAGUACGAUAAGGCUGUAGACUGUUUUAGUGCUGCUCUCUCUGUCACGCCACAGGACUACCUGCUAUGGAAUAAGUUGGGUGCAACACUGGCCAACGGAAGUCGCUCAGAGGAGGCAGUGGCCGCCUACAGGAGAGCUCUGGAGCUGCAGCCAGGUUUCAUCCGUAGUCGCUACAAUUUGGGCAUUAGCUGUGUCAACUUAGGAGCACAGAGAGAGGCAGUGGAGCACUUCCUCGAAGCUCUGUCUCUUCAGCGCCAGGCGUCAGGGGAAGGGGCGAGAGCAGUUCAGGGGCCUGGAGGUGCUGCAGCAACCAUGAUGUCGGACAACAUCUGGUCUACCCUGCGCAUGGCUCUCAGCAUGAUGGGGGAGAGCUCUCUGUAUGGCGCUGCUGAUCGCCGGGACUUGGACACAUUAUUGGCUCAUUUUUGCCAGAGAGAAGUGGAAGGUGGGACUGAAUGAAAUACAGCCAGGAGUGGUGGGCUCAUCAUGUGUGAAUGCGUUCUGCUGGGAGGUAAAUGUUUGGCUGACUGAAGGAAUCGGAAUCAGAGUGGUGACGGUUAGCGAGAAAAGAGACACUGUGACUUACCUUCCAUCCUAAGGACUUCAUUUUGUGCUUGUAUGUUUUAAACAACAUCCAUCAAAUGUUGCAGUCUGUACUAGAAGAGAAAUCAGCUGGCAGCAGUAAUACAGUUAUGUCGCUGUAUUUGAAAUGUUUGACAGUUCGUCCAUUUCCUCCAACUCUGUUCAUCUGGGGAACUGUUUUUUUAAAUUUUUUUUUUAGAUUUGUUCUCGAUGAAGAAAGUAAAUGAAAACGCAUGAAUGAAUCACCUUUGAUUUCACUAAGCGCCAGUGUGGACAGUCCUGUUAACUCGAUGUUCUCAUUUUGUUUCUCAACAGCAGGAUGUAAAUGAACUGUUUCUCUCUUUCUCUUGUGUCUCAUCUCUUGUGUAAAUUAAAGGUAAAGUGUUGCAAUGACAUUUAAAAAAAAAAUAAAUAAAAAAAUUGUCUUGCUUUUUAUCAAAAGCGCUUUCAAGAGAACAAUUAUAACAGUCCAGAGUACAAACACUAGUCAAAAGUUCAAUAGUGGCUUGUUUUUCUGUUACCGAUUAACCUAUAUAUUAUUUAAAUUUUUUUAGUAAUCAUUUAUCAGCCAGGACAACAAACUGACAACCAGCAGGACUGUUACUGUGUGUAUGUGUGUACAUUACAGUAUGUGUGUGUUUUGGGGGUUUUGUGUGGGAUAUUAAUCGUGCGUUAGGUCAUAUAAUUGAAACAUCGUUGAUAAUGAUUCUGCAGGCUCUUAUCUUGCCUUUUUUUCAUAGCGCUCUUGUAAAACAACAUGCUUCAUUGUAAAAUAAUGCCAUAUUGUGUAUUGUAAAAUAAUUGUUGCACUAUAAUUGUUUUCAGGCUAGUUUAAUCCUGACUGCAAUGUUUAAUAUAAUAUU